AGCCACUUCGCUGGGCGCUUGGGGCGCUCGCUAGCUUUGACUCGCCGCUCGCUGGUGCUUGGGCGCAGUGUGUUCCUGCUGCGCCGGCGGCUUCGCUUGUUUCGCGGUGACACUGACCAGACAUGCGGGUGCACAGCAAUGUCCAGUGGUUCCAGUGUGGGCGUUGACACACGUGCGUGACAACCUCCGUGGAUGCUAGCGCUGCACCCGAGAAACCCUUCGGAAUCGGCGCCCGCGAUGGUUCCCCCCGAAGACAACAUCGGCGGCUCGGGCGACGAGGUCGCCGCGACGGAUUCUUCGGCGACCGUGGCUUCUCCCGUCGGCGUGAUGUCCGAACGUUCGCGACGGUUCGUCGAGUAUGCGUCCGUCGGGAUACUGUUCUUCAUCAACCUCAUAAACUACAUGGACAGGUACACGGUAGCAGGAGUGCUGGACAAGGUCAUAGUCCACUACAAUCUGAGGAACGCCCAAGGAGGACUGCUGCAGACAGUGUUUGUGGUAACGUACAUGCUAACAGCACCUGUGUUCGGCUACUUGGGUGAUCGCCACAGCCGUCGAGUCAUUAUGGCUGCCGGUGUCUUCUUCUGGAGCGCCACUACUCUUCUCGGUUCCAUACCACCAAAGGAGUUUGCGGUGUUUGCUGUGCUGCGCGCCCUGGUGGGCGUUGGGGAGGCCAGCUACUCCACUGUGGCCCCAACAGUCAUAGGGGACCUCUUCUCAGGACCACGCCGAAGCAAAAUGUUGGCGGUCUUCUACUUUGCCAUCCCCGUCGGCAGUGGUCUGGGCUACAUCGUUGGUGCGUCUAUGGCAGAGGCGCUGCAUGGAUGGUACUGGGCCCUGAGGGUGACCCCCGUGCUUGGCGCGCUGGCAGUGCUGCUGGUGUUGUUUGUUUUGCGCGAGCCUCUCCGGGGUGCCAGCGAAGGAGCCACCACCAUGGGCCCUUCUACGCUCAAGGACGACCUGUUUUCCCUGGUUGCGAACCGCUCGUACAUCUGGUCCACCCUGGGCUUUACGUGCGUCACGUUUGCCACGGGUGCCCUGUCCUGGUGGGCAGCCAGCUACAUGACGCAUGCCCUCAUGCUCUACAGUCCGGAUGGCAAGGCUGAUGAAGGAAGAGUGAACCGCAUCUUUGGCAUCAUCACCACUUUGGCGGGCAUAGUGGGUGUGACCACAGGCAGCGCCCUGUCCUCGCACUUCCGCAAGUGGUCGGUGCGGGCCGACGCUCUCAUCUGCGGCUUGGGCAUGCUCAUCAGCGUGCCCUUGCUCUUUGUUGGUGCCAUCAUCGCACACCGCAUGCCUAAUGUCACCUGGGUGCUGUUCUUCUUCGGCAUGACAGCUAUCUGCCUCAACUGGUCUAUAGUUGCCGACAUUCUUCUGUACAUCCUGGUGCCUUCGCGGAGGGCCACUGGAGCUGCCUUCCAGAUCCUGACGUCACAUCUGCUGGGUGAUGCCAGCAGCCCAUAUAUUGUUGGCGUGCUGUACGACGCAAUCCUUGCUGGCCGGACAGACGUUUCAGCCCACUACUUCAGCCUGCAGUAUGCGUUGUUUCUGCCCGUAACUGUGCUGGUGCUGGGCAGCCUGUUCUUUGUCGUCCUCUCGUGGCACAUUGUGGCUGACAGGGAUCGCUGCACGGCGCUCACUCGAGAAAUGCUCAAGGGCUCGUCAUGCAUUGACGACCCCUUGGACUGCAGUGAUGAUGUCACCUCCUGCACUGUGCCCUUGCUGGAAGACCGAGUCGUGCGAAGGAAAGAGCGUGUGGACUGACUAUGCGUUGCACGCGAACUUUGUGCAUCCAGUAGGAUGUGCGCUUGACCACGUGUGCCUUGUGACAGACGCGCUCAGUGCCAGCUCUUUAGGGAAUUGUGUAUCCUAGCUACCUGCUCUGCCUUCAUAUUUAAAUUUAGGGGCAUUUCAGGUUCUUCAGUACUGUGGGGGUGUGCCUUGUUGCUUCCAUCGACUACAUUGACACUGGCAUUGAGGACUUUCUGCCGCAAACACCAUUUUUGAAGAAUUACAAUUUUUCUAUGCAAUUCAUACUAUAUAACGUACAGCUUUUACGGUUGUGGACGUGUUGUAUGGUGCACGUGUUCUUUGCUUUGCUAUUUCAAGCUCUGUAAUAGCUUAAUUUAACUAUUUUAACCCCCUCACACAAAGUUGCUUUGAGUGCUGGGAUCAUUCGCAUUGCUAUACCCUUUCUUCAGCUUUGUGGCAUUGGAAAGUUUUAUCCUGGACAAAUGAAACCUGAGUGGGAAAAAUUCAAAUCGGAAGUGCAGUACCACAAAAAUUGAGAUUGAGAUGUAAAAUAUGUCUGCCUGCAUGAUUGAAAUUUGAUGUGCUUUCUUUUUGUUCGAAAAAAUUAACUGCAGCCCUGAGCAUAAACUGCAUGAACCAAUUCCUGUGCGCAUUUUAUGCUUACAUUUGAAUAGACCUUGUUGUGUUGCAUUUGUAUGCUUCAGUGUGUUUCGGUUGUGUAAAUAUUUAAAAUUUUUCAUUUACCAAUACGUUUUUAAAUACCAUAUUUACCCAAUUAUAGCAUGACCCCCACUCUGACGUGCACCCAUUUUUCACAAGUGCGCAAAAAAAAAGUAAAAGUGCACUUGCAUUUAACAUGCCGCUGAUUCAUAAAUGAAAAAUACAUUGUGACCCCCACGUUUACGAUCAGAAAAAGCGAGACGUGCAGAAUUUCUCUUCACGGAGGAGAAUCUUUUUUUAAUGAGCUUUUUUUUGUGAAAUCGACACAUUGUCUUCGCCAUUUAAGCUUUGUGGGCCACAGAUACCAAGCACACAGGGGCUGUAUUCUCGAACAACCACUUUUUGAGACAUGUACUACUGUACCACUUUUGCGAGUCUGCAUUGGACUUGUUGCCCAACAAAUGUUCAUCUGACAGUGUUAUUGGCACCGAGCGCAGAUAGCAAGCUUGGCCCAGCAUCAGAAAUGCUGAUGGCUGAUUAUGUCAACAUAUCCAGUGCCGGGUCACACGAAAUCUCGUGCAAGUGAUUGCAUCUCUUAAAGUUAUUGGCCGACAGCAACCUUCAUAAAACAUGCUCUGUCGCCAUUAUGUGAUGGUGACGGCGCUGCGUCCGAGGGCUCUGAUGGCCGGCUGUUGUCACAGACGCAGUUCUUGUUUUGUAUCCAAUUGUAACGCAGAGGCAAUUUUCGAACCCAUUUUCUCAGAAAAAAAGGUGCAUGUUUGAUUUGGGUAAAUGCGGUAAUACAAAAAGAAAGAACAGCUCUGUGUGACGAUAGUGAGCAUUUAGUGCCAUCCAAUUCGUGAUUGAAGACAUGUUACAACUGCUUUGUCAAACAAGUGCGGUCCCCUAUUGGCAUCAGAGCCUGUUGUACUUUUGGGUCUUUCUUGUUGUCCUCAUUGGCAUUGGUCGCUACGAUAGUACUAUCACUCUUCUCAUCUCAUCAUGGCAAUAUUUAGAUAUCAUUUUGCCAUUUCGGAGAUUACUCGCCAGUUCUAGGCGUCCUUAAGUCUCAUGUCGAGGUACUCCAGUAGCACAGAACACUUGGUGCGUAUACGCAGGCAUGUUUUUCUUAAUUCAUUUAUUUUUAUUUUACCUUAUAUUCUAUUCAUUUACAAAAUUGUGUCAAACGCAAAUAAAACUGUUUUCUCUAAAGUUUAUGUUAACGUCAAUACCAAGUGUAGACUUGAAAGACUUUUGGCAUUACAAGGGGCAAUUCAACUAUAUUUGCUGCAUUGAUUGAACUCAACCAUGUGCUCACAUUAUUCACAUACUUAACUAAAAGGUGUUCAUAUUAUCGUGACCUUCUUGCUAUAUUGAACAUUUAGCUUGCAUAAAAAACGCACAAAAUUGAGCCAGUCUUCAGCUCCGUAUCAUAGUAUCAACUGUGUUCAUGACAUUCCAAGUGUUCAGCAUUUUAGCGAAUUUCCAACUAAACACCCAACAGAUUGGUUGGUUAGCUGUAAAAAUAUGCUUUGGCAAAUGGCAGUUUCUUUAGCGAAUAUCACAUUAAAUUUUGUAAGCACGUUUUCAACAGAUUCACGAUGGUAUAUUUAUGUGCUAGUGGAGUCUUAUGCUUUGGCAGAAUCACAGCCGUGAUUGGCACUACUUUGAUAAUGUAGACUUGGAACAUUGUAGCAGUGGAAACUGUGGAACACACACACACAGAAAAUUAACGAAUAGAUGUGAAUGUAGCUGAGCUUUCAACUAAUUUCUUUAUAAAGAAAGCAGUUGGCAGUAUAGCUAUGUCCAUUUGUGUUAGUUGCGUGUGUGUGUUCUACAGUUUAUGCUGCUACAAUCCUUGAAGAAUGAAUCAACUAGUUCAGUUAAGCACCCUUUUGAUAAUGUAGAUGUUGUUGUGCAGUGACCAUUAGCACACUCUGCUAAAUUUUAUUUUUAUUGGAGGUGGAUUGUUUGAAGGGGGUCCAAUAAGUGCUUUCUUCCAUUUGCAUUGUUGCUACAGUGAUGACAUACUCACCAUAAAAAUGCUUCCUGACUAGUC